UGUGGGUGUCGACAUCCGCGCAUCACCGCUAUAUUAAUAUCCUUCGGGUUUUUUUAUUUUAUUUUUUUUAUCACCUUUGAUUCUUUUAUACUAUUUAUAAUUCCUGUGCUUUGUACAUGGACGUUAUCUUCAUGUCUGAGAAUAAAUGAUGCUUCAAUGUGACCGGGAUGAAUGUUAUCUACUGACUUAUUGAUCAGUUCGCCAUUCUCCUCGGUGCUGUAGGUUUUAGAUCGACCGUCACGAGGAUAUAUUACAUUCUAAGGUGGGGAUUUUAAUGCGCAAAGGAGAUUCGAAGCGAAAUCGGUGAGGUGGUAUACGGUUUAUGGUUCCAAGAGGCGAUCAAACAGACCCCGUCCUCUCGGGUUUGUCUCCAGAUGAAGCAGGAAAAGAUUGUUUCGUCGAAGAGGUCGAGGGUUUGUGCGAAGCGGCAGAAUGCAGGUGGAGGAGUCGGUAAUAUUAUCAGUAAUGUGCUGAAGAAACGCAACGGCAUCUCUAGGAGAGCGCCACGCCUGCUGUGCACCCUUGAGCCAGGGGUGGACACCAAAUUGAAGUUCACUAUCGAACCAUCCCUUGGCAAAAAUGGCUUUCAACAGUGGUACGAUGCCCUGAAAGCAGUGGCCAGGCUGCCCGCUGGCAUUCCCAAAGAGUGGAGGAAGAGGGUAUGGUUGACCUUAGCUGACCAGUACCUCCACAGCAUUUCCAUAGACUGGGAGAAAACGAUGAGAUUUGCCUUCAAUGAUCGCAGCAAUCCAGAUGACGACUCUUUGGGAAUUCAAAUAGUCAAGGACUUGCACCGGACAGGCUGCAGUUCUUAUUGUGGCCAGGAGGCAGAGCAGGACCGGGUGGUGUUAAAGCGGGUACUGCUGGCAUACGCCCGCUGGAACAAGACUGUCGGCUAUUGCCAGGGAUUUAAUGUUCUAGCCGCUCUCAUCCUGGAAGUAAUGGAGGGGAAUGAAGGAGAUGCAUUAAAGGUGAUGAUAUAUUUGAUCGAUAAGGUGCUUCCAGAUUGCUACUUCGCCAACAACCUGCGUGCGCUCUCAGUGGACAUGGCAGUGUUCAGGGAUCUGCUGCGACUGAAGCUUCCAGAGCUUUCUCAGCAUCUCCAUCACUUACAGAAAAUAGCCAAUCGGGAAGGGGGAGGAAGCUAUGAACCUCCGCUCACUAAUGUCUUCACCAUGCAGUGGUUUCUUACCAUUUUUGCCACCUGUCUACCCCACCGCACCGUGCUGAAGAUCUGGGACUCUGUCUUCUUCGAGGGCUCAGAAAUGCUACUACGUGUAGCUCUGGCCAUCUGGGCCAAACUUGGAGAGAGAAUUGAGGAGUGCCAGACUGCUGAUGAAUUCUAUAGCACUAUGGGUUGCCUGACCCAGGAAAUGCUGGAGCACAAACUUAUCAACUCUAAUGAACUCAUGCAUACGGUUUACUCCAUGGCUCCCUUCCCAUUUCCCCAGUUGGCUGAGCUCAGGGAGAAAUACACCUACAACAUAACUCCCUUUCCUGCCCCAGUCAGAGCUAACAGCAGUCAGACACUCCAUGGAUGGGAGAGUGAUGAUGAUGCUGACAUAGAUGAUGAAGACUCUAUUGUUACCGCCCUGGGCUGUUUGGGGCCUCUCGGUGGACUUCUGGCUCCUGAGAUCCAAAGAUACCAUAAGCACCUUAAAGAUCAGAGAGCAGAAAAGGGUUCUCAUUGCAGUAACAUGGCAGAGCUCAGUCCCGGGGCAGUGGGCGCGGGCCGGGCGGAGCAUCAGGCGGCCAUCAACAGUAUGAUGCUGGAGCGCAUGAGUACUGACAUCAGUGCGCUGAAGAGACAGUACUCUCGCAUCAAACAGAAACAACAGCAACAGGCUGGUCUGCUUUACAUUCAUGCAGAUAAAUAUCCGGCCACAAGUAUCCUUGCCUCACAGAUUAGUCCCUCCCCUGUAGUCAAUCAUCUUCUCCUUGGUAGGAGGCCCAGGCCCUGUCACCGAUCGUCAAAAAACAACAUCAUCCAUAACGGGGGAGUUCACCCUUUGCCCCAAGCCCGUUCCACCCCAAGCCAGGUUCUAGCAUCCCGGGCUAGGCUCCAUUCCCCCUGGCGCACCCAUGUGCACACACACCGGAGGAACAUCGCCAGAGCACGGGCCCAGCUCGGCUUUGACGAUUCUUUGGAACUAGAGGAGGAUCAGUCUCCAAAACUCAGUGAGAGCAUGGCAGAAGAAGCACCUGAAGAGGAAAAUGAGGAAGAUCGGGAGGAAGACCAGGUGGAGGACAAAAAGACUGCACCCGAAGAGCAGGAGAAGAUGUGUGAAGAAGUGGUGGCUGAAAGUUCUCUGCAAGACCACAGCUCUGGAGAAGGACAGGACGUCCAACAGAUCGAGAACCAGCUAUGUUCUCUAGAGCUGGAAACGUUAUCAGAAUCAGCUUCUCCAACCACAACUGACCCAGAGCCAUCAAUUCCACCACCAGAGCCCAAAAUCACAGCUCCAACUCCACUCUCAUCCACCUGUCAUCCAGGUUCAGACUCUUCAAGCUCCGAAAGUGGAGGUUCUCUCAGAAGAAGCCCCUCGACUUUAGCGGGAGAACCUCCAAAACCACAACAGAUCUUCUCCCCUUUCCCCUGCAUCAAAACGCCUCGCAAGUCCAUCGCUGCAAGAAACUUGGGCCUCUACGGCCCAACUGCCAGAACUCCAAACAUGCACUUUCCUCAGAUGAGUAGAAGUAUGAACUGUGUGGGAAGCACCACCAAGCGACGAUGAGCACUUGAAUGAGAUAAAACUAUUUUAUUCUUCAUAUCAGUACUUUGGGUUCAAAACUCUUGACUUAAAAAGCACACACAUUCCAAAUUAGUAUGCUUCCAGAUACUGAAAACAUGCCAUUAAGUUUAUCUAUAUGACAUGCCAAUUGGUAACCACUGUCAAAGUCACAGUUGUAGGCAAUCACUAUGAAUUCAUGAAGUUUAUUACUUAUUUUUUUAUGCAAUAACCUACCACAACAAAUGGGAGUAAUGCCCUGAAGAACAAGCCACAUGAUUGAAGGGUUUGUAUCUUUGAAAGUAUCUUUGCUGCAUGUUGAGGCCACCAGUAUUUGCCAUGAUGCACUGUGUAUGUUUACAGUUCAAGGAAAUUCAAGUAGAGCAACAACAUCUGUGUAAAGUGUCUCAUAUUUAAUGACUGCAAGACUUCACAAACCAUGAACUUGUUCCACAACAAAUUUGAAGCUCUUUUUUUUCCAUGUUUACUUGAUUUUAUUUCCUGUGUUCAUGUGAGUUUUACCUGUGUUCAUGUAUUCUCUUCAAUCAUUUUUUUUUUUUUUUACAAUCAAGCCA